AUGGCAGCGGAAGAUGCAGCUUCGCCUCCAGAUAUUUUCCUACUCCACAGUUUCGUUGAUAACAUUUGGUUUGAGUGGCAAAAAAGAGGAAAUGAUAACACGUAUUUCCUGGAUAUCGCAUAUCCGAUGCCUGCACGCCACCUCUUGUCUGCCAAGAGAAGUCGUAUGGCGUACGAGGACCCGUAA